UUCCCUUCGUCUGUGUGUGUGUGUGUUUGUGUGUGUGUGUGUGAGUGAGACAGACCCACUUCUCGCUGCCUCCAUGCACACAUAGCAGGUUAGAGAGGGCAGGAAGUGCUCUUCAUCCUCACUGUCCUCACUCUUCAUCCUCACUGUCCUCACUCUUCAGCCUCACGCGUGGUUCGUUUCAUCCGUCUGAGGAAUGACACAGUCCCGCUGACACCACGGAGAGAUCCACGCUGAGACCGAGCAUGGCUGUGGACGCGGCGUCCAGCUUCAGUUUUUGCCGCGCCGCGCUGGAGCACACGUUGUCGGCAGAGGAGUUAAACUACCAGCUGCCGCACCGCGCCGGAGGCAGCAACCUGACCUGGCACGAUGGCCGUGGCCAACAGACAGCGCACACGCGCACCGUCAAACUGCUGCAGCAGCCCGGCACAGAGGGCAUCCAGUUGCGUCCAGGUGAAGCCUUCACUGUGUAUCACACCAGUCCUACACUGUCCAGCCUGUCCAAACCUGUGGUGCUGUGGACUCAGCAGGACGUCUGCAAGUGGCUUAAGAAACACUGUCCUCACAACUACCUGACUUAUGUAGAGGCCUUCUCUCAUCACGCCAUCACAGGACGGGCACUGCUGCGUUUGAAUGGGGAGAAGCUGGAGAGGAUGGGAAUCGUCCAGGAGACGCUGAGGCAGGAGGUCCUCCAACAAGUCCUCCAGCUGCAGGUCAGGGAAGAGGUCCGCAACCUGCAGCUCCUCAGCAGAACCUCUUUUGGAAACUUUUCCUAGCUCCAGCGUGGAACCCUUUGCCCGCCUGUUUCCCAUCCACCUAUCUCACACAGCGUCUCUCAGAGCCAGUGGAAGAGCUGCUGUCUUCAGAUAUGUGAUGUGGACAAUCAGUGAAUGAAAGGCCAGAGGACGACAUGCUGAGCCCGUCUGGACCAUUCUCAGUCACUGACACGGAGACAAAGUGCCCGUCAGGGUCUGGAGGGGGGGGGGGGCCACUGGAACAUAGUGAUAAUACUGUAUAACCCUAGUGAUGAUGAUGAUGAUGAUGAUGAUGUAGGCCUGUCACUGGUGUGUGCUGUGUUACAGUAAAUCUUUCCUCUUGUCCGACUGGACAAAUCUAAUGAGACUUGGUGAAGACGCACACGAGGACAUUAUGAGCUCAUUCACACCUGAUAAUAACGUCACACGUCACACGUGGACCGUCGUACGUACGACUGUUGACAAUAAAGUGCGUCUCCUGUGACCACGUGUGAUCACACGUCACUGUUGAUUUUUAUUGUUUUUCACAAUAAUGGUCCAGGGCAGAGACAGGAAGUGUCAUGGAUACAUGACGUGCAGUCAGAGUCACAUGUUCAGCAGAUUACAAUCACAGAUAGAGACCGGGGACUUAUCUUCAUCAUCUGGUCCGGCGUGUGACCUUCUGCUCGCCCCAACGCCACCUGGGAUUGGUUCCAGCUCCUCAUGUGACCUUCAGUCAAGGACAUUGAUGUGGACUGAAGGUGUCACAGUCUGUUCAGCAUGAUUUCCUUCACCACAGAAAAUCAAGAAAUGAAUAUACGAGUUUAUUUAUCCCUCAGGGGAUUUUUGGACCAAACCAACUGCAUAGAAUAUUUAAAAUGUUGAGUCCUGGAACUGAAGCACAUUCUCAGAGUCAUCUUUCAGUACAGUCUCUAUGCUGCUGUGUAAUAAUAUCUAUGGAAUACCUCAAAUGGUGUGACCUUGGGCCUGACCUCUCUCACAUAUGUAUUGACCUCAUGCACAGAUGUGUGACACACACACACACACACACUCAGACUUGUUACAUACUGAGGUCUCAAACACGAGGACACACAAACACAAACGUCACUUACAGCAGGUGAAAAACUAAAGAUCAGGACGUUCUUGAAACUCGGGUUUCCGACCUCAUGAACCCUGACCUGGGAUUGGAAUGCACCAGGCUCAGAUCUUGACCCGACUGCUGUGAUGGUGGAUUGUCUGAGCAGAUAGAGAUGAAGAGAUUCAAUAUAAUACUAAAUAACCGUGAGCACAUUACAUGUAUCACAGCCCUUCCUGAACACACUGACACUGAGUUUUAGUCUCAUGACAAAAAUGACAUUUAUUUUAGUCAUCUGAGAUGUUUUAGACCAGUUUUAUGAUGUUUUCGUAGAUCGCAUGUCAGUUGGUGUUUUUAUUUCAAAUCUAAAAUGAGCAGCGUUGGUGGUUUGUUAUCCGUGUAGAGCAGCUGAUUUCAGUGGAUUUCAAAUGUUUUUUCCUUUGAAAGGAAAUGAUUUACAAAGGGUUUCGUCGUCCCUGACAUCGACCAUAUGUUGUCUCAUUGUGGCUGGUCAUUCAUUAACGACAUCAACACACUUUAGACUCUAAUCAUCGUCUGUGUUUUGAUUGAUUUGUAUAUUAUUGUUCACAUCUUCAUCAGUCCAUUCAGCUCCUCUGUGUAUUUGUCCACAGGAGACGCAUCAUGUUGUCACCAGGUGUGAACAGUUGUGCGUUGUGUGAUGUGAUCGGAUCAACACAUGUUAAGACCAGGUCUCGACUGAUCCUGAAUUUGCUUAGAGAAAUCCAGGAUGCAUGUGGGUCACCAGUCCUUUUCAAACCUCCCCACCAGUGAGCCUGUGAUGACAGUCUGGAGUGGAUUUGAGUGACGCUCAUCCACAGCUCACCGUACGUCUUCUUCUCAGGACUGUGGAGGAACCAUCAUUAGUCCUUUUUCUAAGUUCUGUGACUGAGAUUAACAAUCAUAUACACUAUGUUGUUCAUGCAGUAUGAGUACUGUAGUAGUAUAUACUCUACUGUCAUCUUUUAUUAAUAAAACACAAAACACUAUGUGUUCA